AUCGUUGUCAUCAUUAUGGAAUUGGAGACGAUAAAGAUGAUAAUUCGAAUGAACAUGUUCUUGAACACUGUAAUAAUACAGAAAUAGGUAAUGAAAAGGAAAAGUAUAAGGCAUUCUAUUCGCGCCAUAACCCAACUAAAAAUGAAAACUUCGGGGAUACUAGCUCAGAUGAAAAGAAUGUUUAUAAGUCGUCAAAUGCAGAUGAAGUUGAUAAAUCACUCGCUGAUUCGAAUAAGCUGGCGAAUACUGAGUCAGGUGAUCCAAUGGGGCUUGAAUGGUAUUUACACGUAGAUGGAGGUAUGAACGAUAAUAUUGAUGAUGAUGUCGAUUGUAUUAAGAUUAUGAAGUGUACGAUGGUUGAGAACGAAGAAGAAAUGAGUCAGAGAAGGGAGAUAGUUAGUGGAACAAAUGAAGAUAUAAACAAUACGAAUAGAGGUGCGGUAGUGAUAAACAGUGAUAAAAAAAGAAUCGAUGUAAAUAAUAGAAAUGGUGUAAUUAUUUGUUCGACAAGUAGUGAUAAAGCAUGUCAAAAGAUUAAUGUAAAACUUGAAGACCCACCAGAACCGGAUGGUAAAGUAAACUUGAUCAAAUCCGUAGCAACAGGUUGUAGUAAUGUUGGAGAUUGUUAUCCAUAUGGAAUUAGAAAUAAUAAGAAUGAAUGUAAGGUGUUCAUUUAUCAGCAAAAAUCAGAAGAUGAAGGUAACGUAAAUGGAAUUGACGUGAUAGCCGUAAGGAGAUUUAAAACAAUCGAAAAUGAUAUUCAAACCUUAAAAAGAGGUGAUAGAAUGAUGAAAGGUCAAACUAAUCAGAAUAAAUUAUGUAAAGGGCAAUCUUUAGAAAAAGAUGAACAAACCUCUAAGGAGGAGCAUGAAUUAGAAUUUCUGGACAAUGUGGGAAAAUUUCGUCAAAAUCUGAUUAAAACUAAAGAACAAUCAAAGUUAUUGAACCCAGUAGUAUUACGAAAACUAACAAUAGGAAAUGUUGAUUUACUUAACUUUGGGUCUGAACUAUUACCUGAAGAAAAACAACACGUAAAAGGGCGGUUAAUAAAUGAAGUAUCAAAAAUGUUCACCUUUAGUUUAUCCGAAUUGGAACAUACUGAUUUGGUGAAAUACGAAGUGAGGACUGAGG